GUUACCCCUGUCGGCCAUUUUGGUUUUGAAAUAUUUUAUUGUACUCUGCAAGCUUAAUCGAAAUACUCGUCAGUAGUGCAGGUAACAAGUCCCUCCAUGUUCCCAAUAGGCACAGGUGGGGACAAUGGGAGCGUCCCAGGUUUUCCACAGAGUUUUCAGUACCCACAGCCUGUACGACCCCCUAUCACCACCAGCAUGAGCAGCAUGAGUGACCAGAGUAUGAUGGCGUCCAGUUGGCUCAGUACUAACCAGCCCAGCAGGCCGCCCGAUGAAUCUCUCUGGCAAGCCUCCCAAGGUCUCCCAGGACCGCCGAGUCUCCAGACCACACGGCCUCCGCUAGGAGGAGAUAGCUUGCCUUACCCAGGUAAUAGCUUGCCGUAUCCAGCUUCACAGGGAUUGGCCGGGCCGCCCGGGUUACAACCCAGCAGAUCGAGUUUCGGAGGAGACAUUUUAGGCAUUUCUGGGUUGCCCAAUCUUCCUAAUUUGACAAGUCCACCAGGCCCUCCUGGUCCUCCAGGCCCCCCGGGACCCCCAGGCCACCCUCCAGGGCCCCCGGGGCACAUGCCAGGACCCCCGGGACAGCCAGGGGGACUACCACCAGGCCCGCCGGGACCCCCAGGUCCACCAGGACCGCCAGGACCUCCACCCUCUGCCCCAGGACAGCCGCCGCCACCGAUCGAGUUCACGUGUCCCGCUCGCCCCAAUCACGGUGUGGAGGGACGUCCCAUCUUGCUCCGAGCCAACCAUUUCCAAGUGCGAAUUCCCAAAGGAUACAUCCACCACUAUGAUGUGGCCAUCACGCCAGAUAAGUGCCCAAGGAGAGUAAACAGGGAGAUUAUCGAGACAAUGGUGCAAGCGUAUCAACAGAAGAUCUUUGCUGGCCAGAAGCCUGUGUUUGAUGGGAGGAAAAACUUGUACAGCAGAGAUCCACUCCCCAUUGGCAGGGACAAGGUGGAGCUGGAGGUCACUCUGCCAGGAGAGGGCAAAGAUCGCGUGUUCAAGGUUUCUGUGCGCUGGGUUGCUCAGAUCAGUCUAUUUGCCUUAGAGGAGUCAUUGGAAGGGCGCACUCAUCAGAUUCCCUUCGAAGCAAUUCAGGCCCUUGAUGUGGUCAUGCGCCAUUUGCCGAGCAUGACGUAUACACCUGUUGGGCGUUCCUUCUUCUCUCCCCCAGAGAAUUACUACCACCCCCUGGGUGGGGGGAGAGAGGUUUGGUUUGGUUUCCACCAAAGCAUAAGACCUUCACAGUGGAAAAUGAUGCUUAACAUUGAUGUGUCGGCAACUGCAUUCUACAAGGCCCAGCCAGUGAUUGAGUUUAUGUGCGAGGUGUUGGACAUUCACAAUGUUGAAGAACAGAGGCGACCUCUUACAGACUCUCAAAGAGUUAAAUUUACCAAAGAAAUUAAAGGUUUGAAAGUGGAGAUCACCCACUGUGGAACUAUGAAGAGGAAAUACAGAGUAUGCAAUGUCACCAGGAGACCUGCCCAAACUCAGUCGUUCCCACUUCAGCUGGAGUCUGGUCAGACGGUGGAGUGCACGGUGGCCAAGUAUUUCCUGGAGAGGUACAAGAUGAAGCUCCGCUACCCUCACCUCCCCUGUCUCCAAGUGGGGCAGGAACAGAAGCACACAUAUCUACCUCUGGAAGUUCGUAAAGCGGACUUCAAUCAGGACCCGCACCUCCAGCUGUUUGGGCUCAGUGUUAAUUACCGUAUGACGGAGGUCCAGGGACGCGUGUUACCACCUCCUAAAAUACAGUACGGCGGAAGGUCUGACUAUUUCCAGACCAAAGCUCAGGCGAUCCCCAAUCAGGGAGUCUGGGACAUGAGAGGCAAGCAGUUCUAUAGUGGCAUUGAGAUCAGGGUCUGGGCCAUUGCCUGCUUUGCCCCUCAGAGGACUGUUAGGGAAGAUGCUCUAAGAAAUUUUACCCAGCAGCUCCAGAGGAUAUCUAAUGACGCGGGUAUGCCCAUUGUUGGGCAGCCAUGCUUCUGCAAGUACGCCACGGGCCCAGAUCAAGUGGAACCAAUGUUCCGCUACUUGAAGAAUACAUAUUCAGGGCUCCAGCUGAUUGUGGUGGUGCUGCCUGGGAAAACGCCAGUCUACGCCGAGGUGAAGCGUGUUGGUGACAUCCUGUUUGGGUUGGCGACCCAGUGUGUUCAGGCCAAGAAUGUGAACAAAACUUCCCCCCAGACCCUGUCCAAUCUGUGUCUGAAGAUCAACGUCAAACUGGGAGGCAUCAACAACAUUCUUCUGCCCAGCAUUAGGCCUGGAAUAUUCCGGGAACCUGUGAUAUUCCUGGGAGCAGAUGUGACCCACCCCCCUGCAGGAGACAUGCUGAAACCUUCCAUAGCUGCAGUGGUUGGCAGCAUGGACGCCCACCCUAGCCGCUACUCCGCCACCGUUCGAGUCCAGCAGCAUCGCCAGGAGAUCAUCCAAGACCUGGCCCAGAUGGUGAAGGAGCUGCUGAUCCAGUUCUACAAGUCCACGCGCUUCAAGCCCACCAGGAUUAUCAUGUACAGAGACGGAGUCAGCGAGGGACAGUUCAACCAGGUGCUAGCCCACGAACUGCGUGCUAUCCGCGAAGCGUGCAUCAACCUGGAGGUGGGGUACCAGCCAGGAAUUACCUUCAUCGUCGUCCAGAAGAGACACCACACGCGGCUGUUCUGUGCAGAUAAGAGGGACCAGAUUGGCAAAAGUGGGAAUAUCCCUGCAGGAACCACAGUCGAUGUCGGCAUCACUCAUCCCACGGAGUUUGACUUCUAUCUAUGCAGUCAUGCAGGCAUCCAGGGCACCAGCCGGCCCUCCCACUAUCACGUGCUAUGGGAUGACAAUCGUUUCACGGCCGAUGACCUCCAGAUCCUGACUUACCAACUGUGCCACACGUACGUGCGCUGCACGCGCAGCGUGUCCAUCCCAGCUCCGGCCUACUAUGCACAUCUCGUUGCCUUCCGCGCGCGCUACCACCUCGUUGAGAAGGACCACGAUAGCGACCCUGCCACCUCAAGCAGUUACACUGGAGAAGGCAGUCACCAGUCCGGCAACAGCGAUGAUCGCAAUCCAACGGUGCUUGCACGUGCAGUCACCGUGCAUCCCGACACUAUCAAGGUCAUGUACUUCGCAUAAAAAAAAAAAAACGAUGUCAAUGUUUAUCAAGGGAACAGACGAAGCAGCAGACUGUGUAUAGUGUUCCUAUCCGUGUUAUUGGCAGCAGAAUCAAUGGGAUUUAUUUAUAUCUCGGUAGUCAUAGAGACGCUAAAACAUAUGGAAUCCGAUCAAGAUUCUGAUUUUAUGAAAACCCAGACUUGCAGUUUUUUUAUGAGACACUAGACCCAUGAGACUGACUGCCUGUAGCAGUGUUUCUUAUCGACAUAAUCUGUUCCAGUAAAACUUCCAAGUUAUAUCCUUGUUCCGAGGGCUUUAGACAUACAGGUUCCAGGGGAAAACAGAUUGAGAGCGCCAUCUUUCCAAGACAGACUUUUGGUGUUGCUAUAGUUACAAUCAUGUGACAUCUGUUGUCAUAGUAACAUGAUGAACAAUCAGCCAAUAGAAUUUGCUCAGUAUGCAGUGUUUCAUAACUGGAGUAAAAAUGUGUCAUUUCAAAGCAAUAUUGGUUGGUGUCUUCCAAGAUGGUUUGGGAUCAGGCAAAAAGUGGAAGAUGUACUUCAAGUUGGACAGAGUUUUAAAACUAGUUAAGGUUGCAAAAGAAGAAGAGGCGGCAAAGAUCAGGGGAAAAACUCGGAGAAGAGCAAUAUUGGAUGGCGUCUUCCAAAAACGUCUUUGAACAGUGGUACUUUUAGCUCAGCUUGAAACAAACAAGCCCAGCAUCGGUUUUGUCAUUGUUGCAAAGGCAUAGGCACUGGGCCUUACAAAACAUCAUGGGGUUUUUGCUGUCAGACAGCAUUGCUGCUCAAACUGGGUAUUUGGGUAUUCAAUUAGAAGAUUUUGGUGAUCCAUUUUAUGUUGUUUGCUAAUUUUAUUUUAUAUUGUGUGGAAAUAAGUGCAGUUAUUUGAUAUUGUGUGUCAAAAAAUGAGAUGGAAUUCAUGCAAAUGAGGGUGAAGUAUUCUGCCUAGAGUCGGCUGACUUUUUAAUUUUUUUUUUUUUUUUUGUUCUUGAACUUCAUCUGCAGAAUUUUAUAAACAAUGAAUUCAAAAUUAUAAUUAAGUAUUUAUCAAAUUUGCCCUUCACCAGUAAGGAAUUUUUUCAAAGAUUUAUUUUCACACAGUUUUUUCAUGCAAUGAUUUGUAAAUUUGUGUUAGCAGAAGCUGUAUCAGUCAGAAUCCCAACUUUUGUUCCAUGCAUUCAUUAAAUGGGCGUUUUUUUUAAUCUAUCUUGUGAGCUGGAAGUAUUUGCAAAUCAAAUUUUUUACACAUCAGCUGUGACUGUAUGAACAUGUCCAGGUCACAUGGGCCUACAUUUUCAAAACAUAUGCACAAAAUCCUCAUCUUAAGCACAUGACAACUUUCACCUUGACCAUGUGGGUCAAGGCCAUGACAAGGUCAAGGGCAAACUUGGGCAGCUGGAACUUGUUGUUUUUAAAGGUGUCAGCUGUUAGAAUACUUAACCCAUGUCAUUCUCCACAUGCAACUUUUGACUACUUUGAAAUAGGCAUGGCUGUUCAACUUUCUAUGGACUAUAUGCAAAAACUUUGAAGUAUUUAUAUGCUGUUCAUUGCUGUGCCUGGUAAAUAACCGCAAAAUUGUUGCACAAUCAUGACUUAAAACAUAUGUCAAAGAGGAGUUUUAAUGAUAUUUUUUAAGAGAGGCAGUGCAACCAAGCAAGAUAUAUGCCGUAACAUACAAUUUAGUAGAGGUAGCUUGGAUAGUGCGACUUUUACCCAUGCGUGCAUUUUGCAGAUACUUAGAGUUUUUUUUUUUUUGUUUCUUUGUAUGAAAUGUAGAGCAAUGUUUAAGUGACUUUUAUGUGAAUUUUCUUUUGUUGUGAUCUUUGCUUUAGAUAUCACCCCCUAUAUCUUAUUAUAUUACAUAUUGUAUAAGAUAAUAUAGAAAUGAGGCUGUGAGCAUGGAUGUCUGCCUUAAAGGGCGACUAUAAUAAUGGCAAUUCCUUUAAGAAUUUUAAGGCUGUAUGUGAUGUAGAAUCAGCAUGUAUCGAGCAAUACAAUGGCUGGAAGAAAAUGCAGCUUUUUUUCCCCAAUACUUAAGUUAAUAUUUUAUGUAUAUUUUGUCUGCUUUAGAAUUCUUUGGCUAGAAUUACAACUGUUAAAAUGGGCUCUUCUCCAAUUUUUAUGAAAAAUUAAAUCCAUGAUGGGGUUUUCUCAUGUUUUAAGAAAAUGAAUUGGAUUUUAUUGAAUGGUUUGUAUUGUGUAGUGUGCUUUAUUAUGAACAUUUCAGUCAAUCAUGUUGAAUGCCUUUUUUUUUCACAGGUGAAAAAAUGUUUAGUCUAAUUAGCAUUCAACUGUAUUUCAAAAAGGAAAUGGCACAUAUGAAUAUUUUGGUGUUUUUUUUUAUUGUGACCACAAUGUUCAAAUAGUGGUAAAAUUAUAGUUAUUUCAGAUCAUAUGAUUUGCUAGACAUUUUGUUAUAUACUCUACAUGGUGUUUUAAUGCAUUCUUUGUAAAUAUGAAAUAUCAGGCUAUGAGAUGGGAAGAAAAAUUAAACAUGGUUCUGCCACAAUGGGAGUCGAUGCUGUAUAUAAGUUAUUAGUUAACCUGUUUGCCUAUACAGUACGAGUUUAUAUUGACCCGGAGAUAGGUCUGUCCCAUGAGGCAUUGGGCUCUUUCUGAAGAUGGACAAGGAUGAGAUUUUCGGGCUGUCAGCCGUUUUCUGACUUUUUGAGAGCCAAAAAUGUCAUUGGCCUAGACGGCCCACUGGACCCCAUGUCAUAUUUUUCCAACUUUUUUCCUAAAUGACGGUGUCAAUAUAAACCUGUAUUGGGUAAGCAAACCUGGGGCAAGAAAUUUAUCAUUCAAUGAACAAAAAUGCCUGGUAAACUGCUCAUCAUCAUGCCUGACAAAGAAUCUGGUUUGGUGCAGAAAAAGAAGCUGCAAUUUCCAUCAAGAUGGGAGCCUCUGUUUAACAUCAGUCAAACUAAAUUAUGUCACCGAGUUGGUGCCAAAACGAGACAACCGUAAAACAAGGCUCUCUAUCUGUGGAGUUAACAUGCUGAUAAUGUGGACAAAAAAUAGUCAGUAAAUUCAUGGACAGGUCUUGCGUCUGGUCUAACCAAUCAAAUCACAUCGGUUUUCAUGGCAUUGAAUCACACGACAUUGAAUGAUAAAUAUUUAUAUUAUAAUCCAUAUCAGAUAGUUAGGGGAGGGGGUACUAUAUGGGAUCUGUACCUUCUGCUAAUACCCAAGUGUGCUCGUGUGUAUAUAUAUUAGGACCAAUGCAUUUAAUUGAAGGGGUCACCCGGAGUGGGCAGGCGGUGUGCAAGAAAUCUCAACCUUUUGUCAAAUAUUUGUUAACCCAUACUGGGAUGUUUAACCUCUUGCAACCCAUUACGGCUACUGAUGUUACAAUUAUAUUGUAUGCUGUUUUUGAAGUAUUUUUUUUCUGUAAAUGUUUAGAGUGUUGAUAUGGGUUGUGAGACGUGGACGGUGUUGUGUCGCAAAUUUUUUCCCUUGUUGUGCGUCAGCGUCGUGGAAUGAUUUGUGGCGUGUUCACUGUACAGGGACAGACAGUAGACCGGUGGAAAUCAAGUCAUUUUAAGCCACAUAAGAUCAGUUGAGUCAAGCAAUGAGCUGUCUUGGAUCAAAGAAAAUUUAAUUUUUUUUUUUUUUUUGCUUAAAGUUUUGGAUAAAUAUUUUGGAGCUAAUUUUUUUGUCUGAUUCUGAAAAAAAAAAAAUUCUCACCUUUGGUCUACUAGUCUUGUCCCUGGCAUCCUUUGGCUGUGACUUGGUGUUAACUCUUCCAAGGCAUGUUUAGACACCCUCUUGGUCCAGUUGUUCCAUUUUGGUUCAUUUAUGGUUUCAGACUUGUAUCUAAAUUGUGUUCCAUUUUGGUUCGUUUACGGGUUCAAAGCUGUGUCUAAAUGUGCCUUGUCUCUGUUCCAGAUCUCAUUUAGGUUGACGUGCCACUUCCGUUGCCUUCAAGUGCCCAAAAUGUUUUAACUUGAUAGGUGCAGCAAACUUGAAAUAAAUGACAAUGAUAUUUA